GUGAAACCUCGUGCACGCGUCUGAAGGCGAUCCAACAGCUCCAUCUGUAGGCGGAGCGCGGCCCCGGCGCUUCUUUCCUGACACACACACACACACACACACACACAUACACCAACACACACACACCAACACACACCAAACACCAAACCACCGCAGCAGCGCAGGCCCACCGACUCUGCAGCGAGGAAGACCACCAAGAUGUCCGACAUGGAAGACGACUUCAUGUGCGACGAUGAAGAAGAUUACGACCUGGUAUCUGAAUACUCAGAGGACAGUAACUCAGAGCCCAACGUGGACCUGGAGAACCAGUACUACAACUCUAAAGCCCUGAAGGAGGAUGAUCCCAAAGCAGCACUCAGCAGCUUCCAGAAGGUGUUGGAGCUGGAAGGAGAAAAGGGAGAAUGGGGAUUCAAAGCGUUGAAACAGAUGAUUAAAAUCAACUUCAAGCUGACGAACUUCCCGGAGAUGAUGAACAGGUACAAACAGCUCCUUACAUACAUCAGAAGUGCUGUCACCAGGAACUACUCGGAGAAGUCCAUCAACUCUAUCCUGGACUAUAUCUCUACCUCCAAACAGGUAGGGAUGGACAAAAUGGACUUACUGCAGGAGUUCUACGAAACCACAUUGGAGGCUUUAAAAGAUGCCAAAAACGACAGACUGUGGUUUAAAACUAACACAAAGUUGGGAAAGCUUUACUUGGAGAGAGAAGAGUAUGGUAAACUGCAAAAGAUCCUUAGGCAACUUCACCAGUCAUGUCAGGUAACAGAUGAUGGAGAGGACGACCUGAAGAAAGGCACACAGCUGUUGGAGAUUUAUGCUCUGGAGAUCCAGAUGUACACGGCACAAAAAAACAACAAGAAAUUGAAAGCCCUAUAUGAGCAGUCACUUCACAUUAAAUCUGCCAUUCCUCACCCGCUCAUAAUGGGAGUUAUCAGAGAGUGUGGUGGCAAGAUGCACUUGCGAGAGGGGGAGUUUGAGAAAGCUCACACAGACUUCUUUGAGGCCUUUAAAAACUAUGAUGAGUCCGGCAGCCCAAGAAGGACAACAUGCCUGAAGUACCUGGUCCUAGCCAACAUGCUGAUGAAGUCAGGAAUAAACCCUUUUGACUCACAAGAGGCCAAACCAUACAAAAAUGAUCCGGAGAUCCUAGCAAUGACAAACUUAGUCAGCGCCUACCAGAACAAUGACAUCACUGAAUUUGAGAAAAUCUUGAAAACAAAUCACAGUAACAUAAUGGACGACCCCUUCAUUAGAGAGCACAUAGAAGAGCUGCUGCGGAACAUUAGAACUCAAGUACUUAUCAAACUCAUCAAACCGUACACGAGAAUACACAUCCCUUUCAUUUCAAAGGAGCUGAACAUUGAUGUCUGUGAUGUGGAGAGUUUGCUGGUGCAGUGCAUCUUGGAUAACACAAUCCAUGGCCGAAUUGACCAAGUCAACCAGCUACUAGAAUUGGAGUACCAGAACAGAGGAGGGGCUCGCUACACAGCUUUAGACAAAUGGACAAAUCAGCUGAACUCUCUCAACCAAGCCAUUGUUAGCAAGCUCACAUGAUGGCAUGUAAAACCAAGAGACAAGGAAAAAUGGCAUGUAUGACUACAUCCACAAAGUAUCCUACUGUGCUUCUUCAAGUAAAUCCUCUGAGACAAGACACACAGCACAGGUUUUGAGAAUGCCACCGACUUAAAGAAGACUCCAGGAACCCCCCAAGAACGUGUUCAAAGUGUGUUUUGUCAUGAUGAGAAGAAAAAUCACUGGCACUUACUUUUCUGUUUUUUUUUUCUUUAUGUUCCUGAUUGGCAGUUUCUUCUAUGUGCAACACACAAAUGCUUCAAUUGUUUCAACAACAACAACAAAAAAAAAAAUGUGUAUGAAAACUUGUACACAAUAUUUUAAUGUAUACUGUUGCCUGUUGGUAAUAAACAGAUUUCUCUCGGCACUGAAAGGGAUUCUGUUGACUUUGACUAGAUGCACUCUUAACAAAGUGACUGGUGAGGAGGAGUUGAAUAAAAAUGUUUUUAACUGUCAUAAAUGAGAUGUGAAGAGUUCUUUUUACUUCAUAUGAAUCACUGUGUGGAAUAAUAAAAAAUAAAAUAAAAAAGCCUUGCA